AUGGAUGACGAAGACAAUUUUAUCCGUGAGUUUCUUAGUGACUUUAUAAAGGAUAUAAAGAUCAACCAAUCAGAAUAUCUGUCAUGUGGGAAUGGAUCAAACCUUACAUGUGAUGAUCAGUGGAACACCAGUCAAGACUCAAGCCAGAGGUCAAUUGGAUCUGAUGUAUUUACUUAUGUCACACCAGUGAUAUUUGCUGUAGGAAUAACCGGAAAUACUAUUUCCUUAUUAGUGUUUCUUACAAAGAACAUGAGGAAAUUAUCUGCAAGCGUAUAUCUCGCAGCACUCUCAACAGCUGAUAUCAUGGCUUUGAUAUUUUACGUCCUUGUUGAGUGGAUAAGAAAAGGAAUACCAACCGGUUCCGGACAGGUUACAGCUCCGUUUUUGGAAAGUAAUGGAGUAUGUCAGAUCAUUCUGUUUAUGUCAUAUUCAUUCCGUUUCCUUUCGGCUUGGCUUGUAGUUUGUUUUACAUUAGAGAGAUAUGUCGGAGUUUGUCACCCGCUGAAACGGAAGGAUGUCUGUAACCUACGUUCUUCAAAACGAAUUGUUUUCUUCGCAGUUAUUGUUUCCUUUGUGAUAGCCUCAAUCCGACCAUGGCUGAGCGAAGUGCGUUAUGUAGGGCCCAAUAAUGUUCCUUCGUGUACAAGACGACUAGAACACACACACCUGUCAUUCAUUUAUGACUGUAUUUUUGGAGUGUGUAUAACCUUUCUUCCAUUCCUGAUUAUAACAGUGCUUAAUACAUUAAUCAUUCGGAAGUUAAUUAAUCGGAACAAAAGACACAGACAAGUGAAAAUCAUAACAGAGGAAAGUAUAAUUCGACUCGAAUUUACUAUCAUUUUGAUAACUAUAUCACUUUGCUUCAUCGCUUUUAAUACGCCAUAUGCCAUUGUUUGGUUUAAACAUUUUCUGCAAAUGAGCUCUAUGCGGAUGGAGGAAAGUAUAUUUGUACUAAAAAAUCAGAACUUAUUGAUUUUUACAAGGACAAUAUUUUUUAUGAAUUAUUGCAUUAACUUUUUCCUGUAUAGUAUAACAGGUGCUUACUUCCGGGAAGAACUUAAAAUGUUAUUUACAUAUAGAAGUAAAGUUUAUCAAAAUUAUCACAAAUGCCCCCUCCCCCAUUCUCCAGCAACAACUCCACAAUCGUGGAUUGCUUGAUGUAUGGAAAAUACGGUUUCAAAGUUAAAUAAAGUCAAUCAAAAUAAAUUAAGAUUUUUUUCUCUUAAAAAAUGAUUACAAUGUUGAUCAUUUUCUUUCUGAAUAUUCUAUGUCGUUAUCAAAAGAGUUAAGCUAUGGGUUAUUUGCACAUCAAAUAUGAUUUAACUCACUGUUCGACUAAGUUUGAGACGAAAAAGAGCAUUCGUUUUUGAUUCAGUAAUGAAUAUUAUCAAUCUUUAAACAAAAGGACAUGAUGGUAAAGCAUCAACCAGUCAGCAACCAAACGGGAAAGACACAUGAACGACAAUUACACAUCUAGUAGUUUUUGAGAAACUUUUUGUUGC